AAGUUCUUAGCUUCAGAAAAUGGCGAUUAGAACUCUCAGCAGAUUAUACGGUGGUUUUCAUCCAUGCGAAUGGAGUUUCAAGCGUAUUUCGACUUACACAAAUCAGCAAAGUCGUUCUUUCUCACGUACUCCUCAUACCCCAAUCAAAGUGGGUCCGAAAUUCCCACAAGGAGCUCAGUACAGGCAACUGAUUUCACUUGCCAAUCUCUUGCAGAGGUAUGGUUUUCCAGCAUCGCAGCUGCAUGAAUUUCUCGGAAAAAAUCGAUUUUUACUGAACUUCAGUUUGUCAGACGUGGAGAAGUCCCUGGGUAUUCUCCUAUCUUUUAGGUUAUCCCAAAAUCACCUUGUAUCGGUUAUAUCUACCUGUCCUGCGAUUCUGGAACUAGGGUUUUUAAGGAAAUGGGAGCUUUGCUUUUCGGAAUUAGAGUUUUCGUCGGUUUCUCAAUUGGCGAUCCGAAACGUUCUUGAACACUCGAUGAGGUUUCAGUUAGGGACAGUUGAUCUGCGCAGGAGUUUACAGGCUAUGAAGGCUGCGGGUUUCAGUGAUGAGACUAUGAGUAAGGUUUUGGAGGAAAUCCCCAGAGUAAUUGUAAUGAAUGAAGGCGAGUUUAGGCGGAGGAUUGACUUCCUUGAGGAAAUUGGGAUUCGAAGGGAUGAACUUGAUGGAAUCUGCCAUUCAUUUCCAGGAAUUUUAGUAUUUUCUGUCGAGGGUAGGUUAAUCCCUCUGUUUAGAGAAUUUAAAGACUUGGGUUUUAGGAUGGAUGAGAUUAGAAGGGAGGUCAUCAGAGACCCUCGAAUUCUCAGUGUAGAAUUUGGAGAGCUUUCUCGAUGCCUUGAACUGCUCCGGACUUUGAAAUGUAGGUUACCAAUUAAGGAAAAAAUUCAGACCAGGGGGAUUUUCAGAGCUUGCGUUGAAGUAAAAUUGAGAGUGGAUUGCUUAUGCCGACAUGGAUUGAUUCGUAGAGAUGCUUUUAAGGUAUUACAGAGAGAGCCGAGGUCAAUCACUUAUGGAUUAGAGGACAUUGAGAAGAAGAUCGAAUUUCUAAGAGAGAGAAUUGGAUUUAGUCCAUGUUGCUUAACCGAAGUUCCACAGUACUUGGGUGUGAAUUUUGAGAAGCAGAUAGUUCCUCGCUACAGUGUGAUUGAGUAUCUGAGAUCAAUUGGUGGGCUUGGUACAGAGGUGGGGUUAGAGACUCUGAUAAAGUCCAGUAGACGUAGGUUCUAUGACUUGUAUGUCAAGCCAUAUCCUGAGUGUGAACAGAUAUAUGGCAGAUUCUCGGGUGAGACCGAAGUUAAAACCAGACAUCCAGUUGGACUGUGGAAGUUGUUUAAGCCACAUAGCUACCCAAACUCGAAAGAGGAUCUGAGAAACAUCAAGUGGUUCAUGGAGACUUUGGUUUAAUGUGGGCAAUUUACGGAUCUCAGGUAUUCUGGUUUGUUGUUUGAGUUGACAAGCUUUACCAUUGUACCUGUUUUCAAAAUUUUAUUAUCCUGAUGAACAAAUUUUGCGGUGAGCUCAUGUUGGCUUAGGUAAUGAUCCUGCCAUGGUAUUGCAAGCAUCUUGCUGAUUUUCAAUGGAACACGGGAUGAACAGAACCCUCUCAG